AUGACACCUGAAAGCCAUUGGAUGGCGACAAAGUCUUGCAGUGGUCAAGCAGUCAUUCGCAGGCCUUCCUAUCUCGACGACCACCUCGAGUACCGAACCCACCAGAGCGGACCCGUGACAAGCAUAGAUGGCGUCCUCGAACAGCCUCACCGUGUGCCGCGUACAGCGAUGUCCAGCACCUCCCUUGCGUCCAGGAGGUCCAUCAGCGCCAUCUCUCCAUCUCUCAUAGUCUCGCAGGAGAGUGGCACCAUUCACACCAUCUCUCAUACUAAUUGCAUUCCUGAAGCUGGUGAUGCGCAACGACUUGUUGCGACCAUAUUCUACAACUCCAAAACCCCCCGCCAUCCACACAUCCACCCAGAUCAGUCACCUCCUGUGAACCCGACCGAUCCUAUUCCUAUUCCAGAGAUCGUUGAAGGCUCGGCGCCAACCACUAGCAUAUCAGAAUACCCUCUCGAACCUCCCGCUCCAGAACCCGAACCGUUGGACCACCUAUACGGUGCUUUCAUUUCGCAGUUAUGCCUUACACAUUUUCUGUCAACCCUCGACAGUCUCCUCAUUCACAACAGACCAGAGGAACGAAGGCUCACAUCAUCGCAUCGAUGUCUGGACCCCGAUCCUUCCAAGCCCCGGGUCAUGGAAGUAGUAUUCUCACCCCCUCCGAAUCCUGAAUACCUUCCAUGGGAAUUGAUAUCAAAGCACGAGUCAAUCUACAAAUUUGAAAGAGAAUGGAACUGCGAAAUCAUUUUACAGCGCGCGAGCGUAUACCGUCGGCACAAGCGUCUCUGCGUCUUCGACAUGGACUCCACCCUUAUCCAACAAGAAGUCAUCGACGAAAUUGCUGAAUUCAUUGGUGUCAAGAAGGCUGUAGCUGCGAUCACUGAGCGAGCUAUGAAUGGCGAGCUAGACUUUGCAGCGUCUCUCAAGGCAAGGGUUGCCCUCCUUAAAGGCGUACCAAGCGAUGUGUUCGAGCAUUUGAAGCCCAAGAUUGUCAUCACCCCUGGUGCAAAGGAAUUGUGCAAGUGUCUCAAGAGACUGGGCUUCAGUCUCGCUGUGCUAAGCGGAGGCUUCCAACCUCUCGCCGACUGGCUUGCAGGCGAACUGGGACUGGAUCACGCGUUUGCAAAUCAUUUGGUUGUGGACCACGAAACAAAGACACUGACCGGCGAGUUGGACCCAUCGCAUCCAAUCGUCGACGCUCAACACAAGCAAAGUCUGCUGAUAAGUCUGGCUUCUGGAAAGAACAUCCCACUUGCGCAGACGAUGGCUGUGGGUGACGGAGCGAACGAUAUACCAAUGUUGAUGACGGCCGGGCUGGGCGUGGCGUUGAACGCGAAGUCCAAGGUGCAGAUGGAAGCGCCGGCAAGACUCAAUAUCGGCGAGAGUAUGCUUGACCUGGUGUACCUUCUGGGUUUGACCAAGCAGGAAGUGGACGAGCUGUUGCAGGAUUAG